AUUCACGUCCGAUUCCGUGGCUUGCUCCAGUGAUCUGAAAACAUUUUUGAAGUGGUUAAGCAUAGGUACCACCUCACUGCACCUGUUGGUAAGUGGAGUGGGUCGACUGACGAGAGAUGAUUAUCCCUCGACAGUGGAUACAACUAUGCCGGCCUGUUGGAACCGGAUAUACAUAGGCUGAUCUGACGCGACACAUUUACGUGGGCCACUAUGGCGGGUUUUAACACUUUGUGUAUACCAUCGCUGUCCGGGCGGAUAUAAAAUAUAUCCUACCACCAGCAAAAUCUUUAUGCUAUGAGGUUAUUUCACGAGAUUUAGAAACGAGAUUUCGUUAAAAGGACAUGUAAACUCUUUUGACUUCUGAUGGUGUAGUGCAUGGAUUUAGAACUAUUUUUUUAUCAUAGUCGAUGUAUAAACCUAUAAGUUACGUCUCUAGCUACUCUAUAACUUAUUUUAUUGGAAAAUGAUCUUUAAAAAAGCCGUAGGAAUAUUUCAGUAAACUUACCAAUACAGUUUCUCCAUGCAUACUCUUCAAAACUGGUGGUACAAAUAUCUUCCCAACGGCCACGGUACAUGUGGAGCAUAGCUUCACAACAAGGACCAGGGCAUCCAAGGCCCACAGAGGGGCGGCUGCGAACCCCCCACUGCCCCACCAUGGCAGAAUCCAUACCUCCUGCAGGGCCCUGAACUUCCUAGCCAAGCGUCCUAUGAAACAGACAAACACGUUUUUCCUAUACAUUAAUGUAAAAACUUAAAAAUACAAUGGCAGGUGACAGCGAUCGUGAUAGAUAAUAUUUUUAUAUGGUAAUGGCCAGCAUUCAUUUCAAAUUUAUUUUUAAACAUAUUUGGAAUAAAUUGCUAUAGUUUCUGUAUUUUAUACUAAGUACCUACAGUUAUGUAUCGAUACUGUUGUUCUCUUAUUAGAUCUAGUAUAAAUCACUGUGGUUUGAUAGAUGCUAUUAUUGUGUAACUUUUGUAUUUUUGUGUAAAUAAUAAUAAAAGAAAACAAGUGUUUUUUUUUUUUGUUAAAUGAUCUCUUUACAUUUCCGUCAAAAAUAAAAACUAUCAAAAAAGUGACAUUGUGAAAACACCCGCUAAUUGUCGAAAUCUGGAUAAUAUCUAAAAAUAAUUAUUACUUUAUAGUUUAUCCAGUGAUUCUUGUUAUAAAGCUAGAAUAUUCAGCUACAAGUAUGGCUAAACCGUUGCAAAAGGAUAGAGAUAACCGAUCCGCGGACAAGAAAGAUCUGACGUUCCAUGCGUAUACAAUAACUCCUGAGAGUGCUCAUACAUCCAUAUUGCUUUUAGAAUCUGCUGAACCCGAGAUACUAUGCCAGACUCUCCGAGCCAUAACAAAAUUCGCGGCUCAAGAGAUGCAAAACAGGCACGUGCUCUUCGAUCUUGACGCUAUAAGGUACAUCCUCCCCCACGUGGAACACUCUGAGUUGAACAUCAAGCGGUUCGCCCUGAAGGCGUUGGCCCAAUUGUGUCAAUUGCCGCGAGGCCCUGAACAGGUGCUCGCAAACCCUCAGAAUUUGAGGAAGAUUGCCUUCAUGUUGGUUAAGAUGGAAGACGUGUUCGUAUUGGAAUUCGCUUCUCUAGUUUUGUCCGAACUGACGAAAGAGCCACUCGGAUGCGAGCAGCUGGUCUCCGCCAACAUCCUCAGCAGUUUGUUCUCGAGAAUGAAGAAUAGUUUAGAUCCAGACGUACAGAAGAAUUGUCUUCAGACACUAAGCAACCUGUUAGACGACCCGGUAUGUGCGUCUGAAGUGACGAAGAACCAGCAGUUCAGCUGGCCGUCGCUGCUGGCCCUGAUGCAGAGCAGCUUCCUGGCCAUCCAGCAUGCGGCGUUGCGGACAGUGGACCAGCUCGUCUGCAGAUACAAGGAUCAAGUCGUGCAGAAGACGUUCAGAGCAUCUACAGGGGUCUUGGACCUGUGCGAUAUAUUGGAGUCGUACGAGUUCCGCGACGUUCAUACUCAAGUGCUGGGAGUGUUGCGCAACUACGUGGAGACGGAGGAGAACGCGGCGCAUCUGUACCAGUCGGGCUGCAUCCUGCGUCUCCUGGCCUAUCUCGAGAUGGCUCUGCCCGCCAUGAAGCCGCACUGCCUCGCCGUGCUUACCAAGAUGUCUUUCAAUUCCAAUGGAAGGGAUGCAUUAUAUGAGACUGGUACGGACCUGGUGUUCUGCCACCAACUCCUCAGCUCCAACGUGGAGCUGCUGGCCGACGCGGCCAUGGGCGUCGCGAACAUGACCAAACUGUUACCCUCCGCUGUGCGCAUGUCCGAUACCAACAUAAUAGAAGCUCUCUGUGCGAUCCUAGGCGACGAAGCAGCGGUGUGGUUCUACAUCCGCAUGAACUCUUUGCGGGCGCUGGCGGAGCUGUGCCGCAUCAUACCCAAGGCCGCCUUCAGCCUCGUCGAGCCCAAGACCUUCGCCUCACUCAGGAACAUUAAUAAGAAAUUCAAAGACAACCCGAUAGAGGCGCAGCGGCUGGCGGUGCAGUGCUACAUCAACCUGCAGAGCUACCACGUCAGCACCCGCGCCAUGCUCAACGCGGAGUUCAUACAGGAACUCGUCACCAUACUGCAGCGUAUAGACACAAGUUUGAAGAUCAUGACGUGCACUGUUCUCACCGGGCUGAUGGAGGAGGAUAUCGCCAAAGACCUGUUCACUGCGAAGAAAGGCGAAGAGGCGGUGUCGUACAACCUGCGGCUGGAGCACGUGGGGCUGCGCACGGCGCUGUGCACGCUGCUCGCCGCCAGCGUCAGCGACGACGGCGCCGACGUCUACCUCGAACUGGGCACUGUACAUUAUAUGGUGGAGAAUAAAGAGGCUCGUUACGUGGUGGGCGCGUGGGAGCCCGCGCUGGAGGCCAUCUUCCGCCACCAUCCCUCCGCCAAGCUCGCCUACACCGGCCGCCUCGACAUCAACGACUUCACACAGGACGGUUUCUACGUUCAAAAGCGCAUGGGCAAGUCGUUCCCCACCUUACAACAGCUGGUGGAGCAGAAGCCGCCGUACAAGGACCCCGUGUUCAUCUGCAUGUUCCAACAGCCGCACUACGACGACGCUUCCGGCUUGGACAUUAGGACACCCUAUCGUCGGUCGCAGUCUAAAGUGGCCAUCUCUCCGUCGGGCCGGCUCCGCUUCCCGUCGAUACCGGACGACACCAACCUGAGGUCCUAUUUACUCAAAUUACGCAUUUGGUUUGGUGAUCCAUCUAAAUCCCUCCAUUAUUUCGAAAUCGAAGACGCACAUUAUGAAGUGCGAUACCGCGAUAAAUGCGAGGAAGUGUCGUCGUCCCUGAAGCAGCGAGCGCAGCUGCUGGGCGAGUUCGUGGGCGAGCAGAUGAGCGGCCUCACGCAGGAGCGGGACUGCUCCAUGCCCAGCGUCGACUUGCAUCUCGCCGACUUGAUGUCGGAGCUGCAGUCGGCAGUGGUCGGUAUCGGGUGGGUGCGGUGCGGCGGAGCGCUGGAGCGCGCGGUGCUGUACAAGGCGCUGAGCGACCGCCUCGGCCUGCCGUGUGCGCUGCGCCGCGCCGCCGCGCGCGCCUGGUGCGAGGUGGCCGUGCCCGACGCCGACCCGAGUGAAGAACUGGACAAAGAAGAGAACUACCCGGCGGGCUUACUUCGUGCCAACUACGUGGUGGACCUGACCAUCCGGCCCGGGAGGCUGUUACCUCUCAACUCGCAUGAAGCUCGCCGCAUCUGCGGGCCGAAUUGUGACGCGAAGUACACUGCAGGCACGCUGCCUGAGGUGUGUCGGUGUGAGAGUUAGUUUGGAGUGUGAUUUUUUAUGCUUUUUUUAUAAGUGCACGGCGAAGUGGUCACCACUGUACCUGAUGGUAAGUGGA